AUGCCGGUUUUCAAUGCGCACGGCCUCGAUUCAACCUGGGCUGAGCCGAAGGCGGAGCUGGUGCAGGCAUUCUUCGACAACUUGUCAGAGAGGUUUGUUCGUGAUGAGCCACAGCUCAUCCGCGACACCACUAAGGAAGAGCUGGCAUACAUUACCGCCAGGGCGGAGGAGGCAGCGGUUGCUGAGGAGGCCGGCAGCCUCGGCACUGUGGAGGAUGAGGACGAUGUGGCUGCAGAAGAGAGGGAGUUUGCCGAGUGGACGGGGUCUGCCGGGGAACCCAGCAGCGCUGGCGCUGUGGUUCCCCUUGUUGAAGAAGCGGUCGAGGAGUCGGCCGAAGAGGAGACUGAUGUGGAUGACUCCGUGGCCCCAGGGAGGAAACGCUUCCUGUGGCAGGCUGGUUCUAGCGAGCCGAUACGUUGGAGACGUAUCAGGGAAGCCGCCAAGUCCGCCGCCGAGGAGGCCGCCAAGGGGCUUGCCGGGGAGACCAGCGAGGCUGCUGCCGGGGAGGCCGGCAAGGGGCCUACCGGGGAGACCGGCGAGGCUGCUGCCGGGGAGGCCGGCAAGGCCGCUGCCGAGGAGGCCGCCAAGUGGCCUGCCAGGGAGGGGGUGGCCGAAGACCAACCUUCCUCCCCUGCAGCCCUCGCCCCGGGUAAGUACUUGAGGGUGGGCGAUGAUCUGUUCAUCCGCCUCCCAAGGGUGGCAAACACCAGAGCGCCAGACGAAGGGGAGGUUUUCGAUGAUGAGGCGCUCGCCACCGCCGGGCUCCAGGUUGUCGACGAACCGAGCGCCAGCGGCAGUGCUUCCCAAGAGGAGCAGCUCCUCCGGGCCAUGAGCGCCAAUUUCCAGAAGCUUCAGACGCUCCACCGUGCCCGCCAGGAUAAGGUGAACUCCAGGAUGGCAGCUGUGGACAAGGCGGAAGCAGAUUUUGAGGAGCGCGUCGCUCAGACGCAAGUUUAG